AUGCAGGAACAGUCUGCUCAAGUUGUUGUUGGCUGCCUGCUCGACGUUUCAGGCUCAAUGCGCAGCGCCUUUGAGUCAGGCCAUUCAAACGAGCCUGCUAGUGAUCGACUCAGAGCUGUCCUUCGGGCGGCCCUCAAGUUAGCAAAAGCAGAGCGACAGCAGAACCCCAAUGCCGUCAUGUUCGUUGGUGUUUUUGGGCUACAGAUGCCUGAAGACAAUGAAGAGCACCCCAACCCUCUCGCAGCGGACCUAUGUGGCAUCGCAGAUGCUCUACUGAACGACUCAGGAAACAAUUCUUCCGGCCAUGAUCUUCUCAUCGCUCGUGCGAAUGAGAAUGACGUGUCUCACAUAUCAAAAUACAUCAAGACAAAACUCACAUGCCGGGAGGCUCGAAUCGUCGACGCAUAUUUAAAACGUCAUCCUGACCAAGUUCAACAAUUCGUUGACGCCAUUCCACCUGAAGCUGAAGUAGCAAUGCUACGCUCAUCAAGUCAAACAGUUGGUGCAUCUAUUGGCAGAGCCCUCGGUUUCGCCGCAUCAGUGUUGAUCCCCGGCGGAACCGUGGUUGGCGCGAUUAUUUCAACAUUUGGUUCGGCGGCUGGCACGGCGGGCGGUGCGGUGGUUGGUUCGGCCGUUGGUAAUUCAGUGGAAGACUCAAGGGUCGAAAGAUCUGAGGCUUUGGCCUUAGCCAGGCGUAUCCAAAAGGACUGGCUAUCCGACUUUGUGAAUUUCGAACCUCGUCCUGUUUAUGAGGUCGUGGAUAUUCUACAGCGGCUACAGGACCACGAGGAUCGUGAUAGAAGAAAUGUGUCGGAAGAUAACAACGACAACCUAUUCGACACUAUCCGUCAAUACAUGUAUGGUCUUACACCCAUGUGCCAUGCUUUACAAAAGGCUCUGGAUGCUUUUCGAAGCGAGCCAGAUGCACAAUAUCGUGUGCUUGUGCUUAUCUCGGAUGGUCAUUCAACAGAUGGUGAUCCGUCAACAGCCGCCGAUGAUCUUGAAAGUGAGGGCGUAGCAAUUGCGACGGUCAAACUCACAGACGAUCGGUCGAGUACUCAGCGGGCCUUGCAUUAUGAGGCAAAUCCGCUUUGGGACGAAGGCACCCGAGCCCUCUUCGAGAUGUCGAAGCGUAUUCCCGGAUCAACACAUCCAGUUCCUGUUUUGGCCUCUGUUGGUUGGGCAAUUCCUUCAGCCGGGGAAAUUGCCCUAUUUUGCACGCUUUGCACCGUCACGGCAUUGGAAGAGUUCUGUUCGAUGCUGCUCUCUGCCCGAUUUGGUUCAGCAGAUGCACUACUUAAUAUCGUUGGCAAAAUACGUUUUGACGAUUAUGUCAACAACGAGCAUCUUACGAUUCGAAGUAGGCCUACUCGCCAAAAAGGAGGUACUUGCUAUGCGCAUGCCGUAGCAUCUGUCAUACACAUGGCUUUACUUCGCAUUGUCUCUAGAGCCGGUGGCAUUCCUUCUUUCAACGAAGUACGGGAUAAAAUUCUAUCCAAAUAUCCAGAGGUAGAAGAAGGACAGCCUACUAUAGAAGUGUUGGAAGAUGCUUGUGAAUGGUACCGCCCUCUUCGCUUUGAAAAGGUCGACGAAGAGAGAGCUCGUCAAGCAGUGCUGUGUCGGCGCCCAGUGCUCGCUACGUUCGGUUUAUCAGACCCUGGGUGGAAGGAUUUCGCUCGCCAUUUUGGCAGGCAUUCCGAAAUGCGAGCUACGGUUCUCACGGAAGCCCAAAUGGCACCAAGCUUUGACGGGAAAUGUUAUGGUGGUCACGCCGUUGUGUUGGUAAGCUGCAGCCCAAAGUCGCUAACCUUUUUAAACUCAUGGGGAGGUUCAUGGGGAAAUAAUGGCACCUUCAGUAUUGAGAACCCCGCCGUUUUAGGGUGCAAAGAUAGGUCGUUGUCAUUCUACGACGUUUAUUGGGUGGAGAGCGAACUGAUAGACGCCGAACGACAAGCUUUCGAUACUCAAGUAGACGAAGAGCUGCGUCGUCGUGCUGAGGAACACGAGAGCAUUUUCGAGCUAGAAUAUCGAUGUCCAAGAUGUAAGGACACUUCUCCACUGGCAGAAUUCAGAGGAAGUGUUUGGAGAGCUUCAUGCCCAAAAUGUCAGGGAUUGUUCAAACCCGAAGCUGGAAAUCUAGUGGAGGCCCUGUAUUUGCGAGCAGGACUGAAUGAUGUUAUCUGA